UUCUUGUUCAUAGUCUCUUGGUUUUCUUCCUUUCGUCCUGCAAAUCUCCAAUUUUUCUUAUUGAUUUUUGCAGCCAUGAUCGAUUCUUCGCGUUCGUGACGGUCUGCACACUUUUCAUCUACGUCUCCUUGGAGAAUUGCAUAUCAACCGAUUGGUUUUAUCUUCAAUUCAUCGCUAAAGUCGCAGAUAAUCGAAAGGCGGUGUUGGAAUCUGAUUUUGAUCGAUUUCCCCCUUUUUUUGGGGGGAAAAGGAUGAAACCCUUGAAAGAUAAGGAAUUUUAGGUAGAGAAAAAUGUCGACGACGGUGGAUUGGUCGGAGUUACAACCGGAACUGAUCGAAGCAAUCGGGAAGAAACUCAGAGUUCAUAAGGAUUACGUACGGUUCAGAGCUGUUUGUUCGAAUUGGCGAAGAUCAACCACUAAAACCCCAAAACAUCUUCCAUGUCAACUCCCAUGGCUGAUGCUUCCUCAAAGCAGCAAUCAGAAUCGUCAAUCGCAUCUCCGAUCGUUUUUCAGCCUUUCCGAUAACAAGAUCCACCGCCUCAGUCUUCCAGAAGCUUCUAACAUCCGUCGCCGAUGUGGAUCUUCUCAUGGUUGGCUUGUAAUCCUCGAAGAAACCCCAGCGGUUUUUCUUAUAAAUCCAUUAACAAGGGUAAAACACCACCUACCACCAUUAUCUUCGUUUCCUAAUGUCACAAAGUUCAAUUUCUUUGAUGUUGGAAGAGAAUACACACUCAAAACUUCAGAUGGUGAUGUUUAUACCUGCAAUUUGAAAGAAAUGCGUGAUUCUUUCAUCAAGAAGGUUGUUUUUUCUUCCAGUCCUUCUGAUGAAGAUUCAGAUUACUUUGCUCUUGCGAUUCUGAAUCAAACAGGUGAUCUUGCUUACUGUAAAAAGGGUGAUAGUUUAUGGAAAUUUAUAGAUAAUGCUCAAUCUUACUGUGAAGAUGUAGUCUAUCAUAAGGGUUGUUUUUAUGCUGUGAGUAAAUAUGGAACCAUUGCAGUUUGUGACAUUUCUGGACCUUUGCCCGACGUUUCUUUCAUCCCCACACCACCACAAGUUGGUGGAGAUAUGCAGUAUUUGGUUAGUUUAGAGGAUGAAUUGUUGUUAGUCACACGAUAUUUGGAGUUGGGAUUCGAUGUUGAUCAGCAUCAACUUGACAUCUUUUACAAAACGACUGAAUUUCGAGUUUGUAAACUGGUUUUGAAUGGACCAAUAUGGGAGAUUGUUAGUAAAUUGGACGAAUGGGCUUUGUUUGUUGGCGAGAACUCUUCGAUGGCAUUUCGUGCUUCUGAUUUUCAAGGUUGUAAAGGGAAUCGGAUUUAUUUUACAGAUGAUUAUUCGGAGUGGAAUUAUGAUGGUGCUAAUGGGGAUCAUGAUUUGGGUGUUUAUGAUUUGGAAGAUGGUAGCGUUGUUGCUUUGCCGUGUUAUCCACGAAAGUUCUACAAUGGACGAAGAUGGCCACCUCCCAUUUGGAUCACUCCAAGUUUGCAUUAAUAUGAGUUAUUGAGGACAGCUUUGGAUCAUGAUAAAGAGGGCAUGAUUUCCAUUUGGGCAAACUCAGAAAUCUGCAAGUGACAUCAAAUAAUCGGAAACAACAUAUCUUCAAAGGUAAUAUGUUCGGUUUUUGGGUAGAUUGGUGGCUUUGUGUUCUGUAUGAUAUUGAACGAGUAGAUACACUGAGACCACGUAACUUACCAUCAAACUCGUAAUCUUUUUCUUUACGAGUAAUAGAGUAUGCGUCGUUUUACACGUUUUUUCUAGAAAAAGAGAUGAUGGUAGCUUUGAUGGUAUAUUUGGUUGUAGCUAUAGAUUUGAGAGUAUGUAAAUAUAUAACUAGUGUUCUUGAUGGAGUUUGUUUUAGGAACAUGUUAAAGUAAAAGAGUACAUCUUUUCUUUAUAAAAUUUAAGCUUUAUAAGCU